AUGACAGGAUAUCUCAAGGUGGCUGCAUGUGGAAACCUCCAGAUGAAGCCUGUUUUGGAAACUAAGAGCUCUGUGAGAGAGAGUUCCAGUCGUAAAUUCACCCCACAGAGGAGCAGUCUUGAUCCAGAGAGCUCUCGUCGGCACUUUCGGAACUUCUACUAUCCUGAAGCAGCUGGACCCUUCCAGGCUGUCAGCCAGCUUCGGGAAUUAUGUCGUCGGUGGCUGAGGCCAGAGAUCCACUCGAAAGAGCAGAUCUUUGAGCUGCUGGUGAUAGAGCAGUUCAUGACCAUUCUGCCCAGGGGGAUCCAGAGCCAGAUGCAAAAGCACCAUCCACAGAGCAUCGAGGAGGCUGUGGCCCUGGUCGAACACCUUCAGGGAGAAUCUUGUCAAGGGAGGAAUGAGAGUUUGUUGACCUUUGAAGAUGUGGCCCUGGAUUUUUCCCAGGAAGAAUGGGAGUUACUGGACCCCACUCAGAAGACCCUGUAUAAUAAUGUGAUGCAGGACAUCUAUGACAUUGCCAUCUCUCUGGGAUUAAAGCUCAAAAAUGACAUUGGAAAUGAUCAACCUGUAUCUCCUGAGGAACAAAUACAAGCAUCAGGAGGCAAAGUAUCAAAAAAGGCCAGAGUGAAAACAACAGGCACAGAAAGUAAUGGUGGAACACACAGGAUGAGGAAACGGCAUCAAAAUUUUCCAGGGAAGAAAAGAAAGAAACAUUCAACGUGUAAACAAGAGCUGCCAAAAUGUAUGAAUCUUCACAGGAAAAUCUACUCAGGGGAGAAACCUUUUAAAUGUCAGGAGUGUGGAAAAAGCUUCAGAGUGAGCUCUGACCUCAUUAAGCACCAGAGAAUUCAUACUGAAGAGAAGCCCUAUAAGUGUCAGCAAUGUGAUAAGAGGUUUAGAUGGAGUUCAGAUCUUAACAAGCACCUAAUGACACACCAAGGAAUAAAACCACAUAAAUGUACAUGGUGUGGGAAAAGCUUCAGUCAUAACACAAAUCUCCACACACACCAACGAAUCCACACAGGAGAGAAACCAUUUAAGUGUCAUGAGUGUGGAAAAAGAUUCAGUCAGAAUUCUCAUCUUAUUAAACACCAGAGAACCCACACAGGUGAGCAACCCUAUACUUGUAGCACAUGCAAGAGAAACUUCAGCAGGCGAUCAAGCCUUCUUAGACACCAGAAACUCCACAGGGAAAGGGAAGCUUGUCCCAUCCCCCCUGUCUGA